ACUGCCUUCUCCUCGGCUGAUCCACCAGGAGCUAGGAUUCACUACUGGGCGCCUCAUCAGCAAUAAGAACAACUGGACGCACGCAUUAGUUAAAUAUCAUUUAGGCUUAAAAACAUUUCUUUUAUUUUUUUCUUUUAAUUAAAGAGAAGCGGAUUUUCACUUCUGGGAUCUGUGUGUGCAACCAAGAUCUUCUAUUAUCUCUCUCUGGUGCUAAGCGUCCAACAUGGGGAUAAAGGCAGCACUUCCAAAAUAUGAGUUGUAUUUCUACACACUGGUGCUCUCCCUCGCAGGUCUCUGGGCAGCAAGCUGGAUCUUUGAAGCAUCUAGUGAUAACGUGAACAGAAAGACCUUUAAGGAGAGCGUCAAGCCAGGAUGGCAUUACUUUGGUCGUAAAAUGGACGUAGCUGACUUCGAGUGGGUCAUGUGGUUUACAAAGUUCAGGAACCACAUUGUCUUUGCCCUGUCUGGUCACGUGAUCUUCGCAAAGAUCUGCUCAAUGGCAGCACCUCAGACGAGUGGUAUUAAAAGAUGGAAGCUCAGAUCCACAGUGUACAUGGUCUACGGAAUGCUUGCUGUGCUUGCUACCAUGGGGCUCACCUUCACGAUGCUCAUCCUUUCCCAUUGCGUCCUCCUGUACAGCGUCUCUCUAUCCAAGCAGAAAUGGCUCUGCUUUGCCGCUGGACUCUGCAGCUUAGCCACUUUUAAACUGGAGCCUUUCAGUUCCUGGCAGUCUGGCUUCGUGACUGGGACUUUCGCUCUUCAAGAUGUUCUGUUUUACGGAGGAAGUGGUUUCACCAUCAUGCGCUGCAUGAGCUUUGCCUUGGAGAACUAUGAGAAGAAGGAUGGGAAUUACUCCUUCUUGGAGCUGCUCAAGUACAACUUCUACCUGCCCUUCUUCUUCUUCGGACCCAUCAUGACGUUCGAUAGGUUCCAUGCGCAGGUGAAUACUCCUGACUUGACUCGUAAAGAGCAUGAGAUGUGGAACAUCCGGAUCCAGGCGGUGCUGCACUUGGCUGCCAUUGUUGUGGUGGACGUGCUUUUCCAUUUCCUCUACAUUCUGACCAUACCUUCUGACAUGAAACUAGUGAAACAGCUAUCGGACUGGUCGCUAGCGGGCCUGGCCUAUUCUAACCUGGUGUACGAUUGGGUAAAAGCAGCAGUCAUGUUUGGGGUCAUCAAUACCGUGUCACGACUGGACCACCUGGACCCUCCACAGCCCCCCAAGUGCAUCACCAUGCUCUACGUCUUCGCAGAAACGCAUUUUGACAGGGGGAUCAAUGACUGGCUGUGCAAGUAUGUUUACGACUACCUUGGUGGUAACCAUGACAACAUUGUGAAGGAGCUGCUGGCCACCGUGUGCACCUUUGCCGUGACGACCCUGUGGCUCGGCCCCUGUCACGUGGUAUACAUCUGGUCUUUCUUCAACUGCUUUGGCCUCAACUUUGAACUCUGGGUGGCGAAGUUCUUCGAGCUCAAGCCGUUUGCUUCGAUGGAGGCGAAGAUGUCUGAAGCCACGUCUCGGAGGAUCAGGGGCGUGUUUAAUGCAGCUAACUUCUGGACCAUCAUCCUGUAUAAUGUCCUGGCUCUGAACAGCCUGGACUUUGCAAACCUGGUUUUUAAGAGGUUGAUCAUCACAGGUUUCCCCCUAUCCACUCUGUCAGUCCUGUUUGUUACCUACUGUGGAGUCCAGCUGAUAAAGGAGCGAGAGAGAAGACUGGCCCUGGAGGAAGAAGGAGCCGAGAAGGAAAAAACAGAAUAAGACGAUCAGUCCUGUUUACUCUGAGCACUGAGUCCCUUUCCACUGUGCAGGAGUAAAGAAAAAAAAACAGCCUCCUCCAUCCCUUUGCUAGCUUUGUUCCAGUCAAACUCAAUCACAGUGCACUGCACACUGUUCCUGUGUAUAGAACUCAAUCACAAUGCACUGCACACUGUACCUGUGUAUAGUUUGGAAGUGCACUUGUUGUACAUGAAUGCCACAGACCACUUGUGCAUUUUUUUUUAACUGAGCCAAAAAUUAGUCAAAAGGAGGUUUGUAGUUUGUUCAACAUUUGCUGAUGUAAAAUUAUGUAUAUUAAAUAUAAUAUAUAAAAGACCAUAUUUAACUAA